UCUAUAUUACACACAUGGUGAAUGAGAGAAGUAAGCAGGAACAGCUGGACAAGGAUUAACUAAUCAGAAACCAUUGAAACUAAUGAGAGCUCACAACAGACAUGACAGGAACUAAACUAAACGUAAUCGUGACAACUAUAUGAGUACUGUUAAAGAAUGAUAUUAUUGUUUAACACCACCCCCUGGUGAGUAAAGCUCGUGUUGAUAUAUUUCAAGGAUUACAACGCCUGAAACGAAAGCGAAACUGCUCUCUCUAACGGUUUGCUUCAUCACGGUUCUUGCGUAGGUAGAAAUGUCUGCUGAGGAUUUCAGCAUUGUUACAGACUGUGAGUCUCUGAGAUGUCAGGACAGUGUACUGGAGAUCAACAAAUACAAGGCACAAUAUGAAGCGUUAGUGAAGGAACAACAAAUACUGAGAGAUGGAAUAGAUACCAACAAAUACUAUGCCAAGGAAUUUAAACAACGAGCUAAUGAAAAGAAAGCAUUAUCUGAAGAAGAAAACCAGAAACGUAUUAAGGCAACUCAGAAAGAGAAGGAGCGAUGCAGAGCUGUACAGGAGGAGAACGCCAAGCUGCAGAAGGAGAUCCUGAGACUAAAGGAGGAGAUGCAAAGCCUGGACUGUAAAAACAGCACUCUGAAAAAGCAAACUGAGAUCUCUACAGCGGUGCCUGAGAGGAAGGUUGUGUUUCGGGGAAAUACAAAAGAGGGAGCCCAUGCUGUGAGUUUUGAUGUGAAUCCCCGAAUGGUUUAUCCGAUGGAGGGUGGAACCGCACUGAUCACCUUCGAGGAAAAGGAUGUGGCUCAGAAAAUACUGAACCUAAAGGAUCAUUCGGUGGAACUUGGAGACUGUACCAUCAAUGUGCAGGCAAAACCCAUUCAGUUCCUGGUACCCAGCUAUGUUGAGAUGGAAACACAAGUGUGCCCACGCAGAAUCCUAGUCUCCAACCUGCCAAAGGAAGAACCAGAGGAGAGAGUACUAGACAAACUGGACAUCCAUUUCUCUAAGAAGAAGAAUGGAGGCGGCGAGGUGGAGGACAAGGACAUGCUACAUGACUCUGGCACUGUGGUCAUUACCUUUGUAGAUGAUAACAUUGCUAAACGUCUUUCUGACAAACAAGAUCAUGAGGUAGACUUUGGUAGAAAGAAGUACAAGGUGAAGGUCACUCCGUUCCUCAAUGGCGAGAUUUCACAAAUGAAGAUCUGUGACUCCGAGUGCAUGCGCACAGUGCUGCUGACGGGCAUCCCUGACAUCAUGGAAAAAGAUAACCUGCAGGACCACCUGGAGAUCCACUUCCAGAAGACGGCCAAUGGUGGAGGAGAGGUGGAAGGCAUUGCCUACAACCCUCUAGGCCACACCACCCUGGCUCUAUUUGAUGAGGACUCUCCUCAAAACAGCCAGAGUGAACGUUAGAAACCUAUAGACUUGACCGAGCAAACUCCUAAUUUGUAUGCAUCUUGCAAAAAUGUAUAUUGUAUGUAUCUCUUUCCCUCUUAUUUACUGUAAUAUUUACUGUGAUUUUUGCAAUACACAAAUGGGAAAACCCCCC